GGAAAGUCUUAAGAGCUUAGCAUACAUCUGAAAGAACCCCAUUACUGAUUUGUACAAGUCAAAUGAAGCCAUUUCAGAGUUUAACAGGUCAUGAAAUCUACUGUGGAAACAAUUGUUUGUGCAGGAUGUACAGCUUUAUGGGUGGAGGGUUGUUUUGUGCAGGCGUGGGGAACAUCCUCCUGAUAGUUUCCACAGCAACCGAUUACUGGAUGCAGUAUCGGCAAUCCAGCAACUACAUGCACCAGGGCCUGUGGCGCUACUGUAUGCCAGGGAAAUGUUUCCCACACAAUGAUAGCAUUGCCCACUUAGAUGCCACCCGUGCCCUCAUGAUCCUAUCUCUUUUGGCCUGUUUCAUUGGCAUCAUCAUUGGCAUUAUGGCCUUCAUCCAUUACUCCUCCUUUGACAGGUUUGACAAAACCUUUGCUGCAGGCAUAUUGUUUUUCAUUUCAUGCUUUUUAGUGUUUCUAGCAAUGGCAGUGUACACUGGUGUGACUAUUAACUACUAUGGGAAACGCUAUGGAAACUGGAGGUUCUCCUGGUCCUAUAUCAUUGGCUGGGUAUCAGUGGUGCUCACCUUCUUUUCAGGUAUAUUCUAUUUGUGUGCCUAUCGGAUGCAUGAAUGCCCCAGGAGCGCUAACCCGCAUUAGAAGACAUCAACCAUCAUCCAGAAAUAAGACAUGGAUUAUGAUUAUGAGAGCGG